UUUCCCUCGCCUUGCCUCGUCUUCAAGUUGAAUGGUUCAACGGUGUGGCUGUUUGUGUAUGUGUGCAAACGAGCACGCGCUAUUUCAUUCUUAUGACAAACACUUUUGUUUUCUCAUUCUCGUCGUCAUGGCAUCGGAACUAUUAACCACUUUCAAACAUAGCUAAAGUUCAUUGGAACAGAUCUCUGACCAAAGAAAAAUGUCCAGUUUUGUGUACAUUUAAGAAAAUUUUAAGUAAAAAAAAAGUUAUCUCCACGAAAAACGUAUAAAUUGAUCGAAUGGAUUGGUCGAAUGUGUUGUCGAUCCCGCCAAAUGAGUUGACAUUGGGUGUGUUAGAGGCGAUUCCAAAUCAUUUGUCUUCGAUUGAUGUGAAUGAAUUGAAUAUUGAAGAGCUGCGAAAUUUUUUCGAAUUGAGUCGUUUUCUAAUCAAUAGGCUUUCGAAUGACGUGCAAAAACAUAAGACAUUGGGAAAAGAUUCGGUUGGCGAUAAGAAAUUGCUCAAAGGCAGUGAAACCAAUGAAUCUUACUACAUUCAAACCAUUCAAGAGUUAAAUCGUGAAAUUGCACAGCAUGUAUUCAACAAAAAGGCCACAACCAACAAUGAAGAUGGUACUGUGAAUGCGUCAAACAGUGCCGAUGCUGACUCAUCAUUGCAUCCGUUGGCAAUUGAUACGAAAAAAGAUUUGCUGUGUAAAAUCCACGUGAAAAACAAAUACAUCAAACGAUUGCUCAGCGAAAAUGAUGCGUUGAAAGAGGAAAUUGGUCGUCAACAAGAGCAAAUACUUGUGUUAAAUGUUAGUUUAAAGCAAACGGCUUACAAAUUAACCAAGGCAAUUGGUGAUUUGUCGGAACAAAAGAGUCGCAACCAUAUGACGGCCGAUGAUAUGGCCGAUUUACAUGCCAAAAUCAAUAGCGUACGCGAACAGAUGACACGCAUCGAAUUCGAUAAACAAAAGUAUAAACACGAUGUACUGUAUUUGGGCGAUGAAAUCCAGAAGAAAAUCAAUCAAUGGAAUGAACUGUUGCGCCGCAAAUACAGUAACCAUCAAACGGAUGACAAAGUCACGACACUCGAUGCCAACGUGAAAAUCAAAAAUUUCGAUGAUAAUGCCAUCGGUCCAUCGAACGGUGCCAAUAAUGUGAUCGAUGAGCGUUACGAUGAAAAUCGCUUUGAAGUGAAUGUUUUGUCGCAGGCAAUCAAUAAGCGAAAUCUUAUCAUCACCGAAAUGGAAAGCCUAUUGAUUGAUUUAACAAUGGAAAUAUCCCAGUCAGCCGUUGUCAUCAAUCGCAUUAUCAAGAAUUUGUCCAAACGUGAAACCAACUUUGCAACCAAUUUGGAAAAACUACGCACACAUUUGGCGAAACUGCUCGAUCGUCCCAAUAUGUUGGAGCAUAAUGGUUUGCUUGAUCGUUCAAGUAAGCUGGAGCAUGUUGGCAAAAAAAGUAAAAAUGAAAUACAAACCGUUUCGAAUAAAGGGCAUUCAGACAAAAUCGCUAAAACGUCAAACCACAAGGAAAAAUCCCGACGAAAAGUAAACAUUUAAUUUUUAAAUGAUUCAAUGACUGUGAAAAAAGGAAAAAAAAAUCGAAAUAAAUAUUUAUCGUCGUCGUUGUU